AGCGAGAGUGGAGCAUAACACGCUGGAGACGGUUGCUGACCGGCGGGCGACGAAGUUAACUUUUAAAUCCCAGUCUUGUUUCGUCCGUACUAACUAGAAACAGAAGGCGGGUGAGAAAACGGAGCGACAACCUCAGUCAUGGUAUUUAGGUUAAGGUGAAAUGCCGGAGCGUCUUUUUAUGUCACAAGCCUUUAGUGAAGAUUGAGAAGAAGGCGCAAGGGGAAGGGGGGAAGCCCGGAGAAGAGCGACACAAGCGGGCUCCAAGAUGCAGCCGGCCGCCGUUGCGUGGGUUGCACUGAUAACUUUGCUGCUCAGCCUGAGUGCAGGAGUUGAGGGCAGUGCUGAGUGUUCCUGUGGGAGGAACCACUUCACGUGUGCGGUCAGUGCGUUUGGCGAGUGCACCUGCAUACCGGCUCAGUGGCAGUGCGACGGAGACAACGACUGCGGGGACCAUAGUGAUGAGGACGGAUGCAUGCUUCCCACCUGCUCCCCGCUGGACUUCCACUGCGACAACGGCAAAUGCAUCCGACGUUCGUGGGUCUGCGACGGAGACAACGACUGCGAGGACGACUCCGAUGAGCAGGACUGUCCUCCUCGAGAAUGCGAGGAAGAUGAGUUUCAAUGCCAAAACGGCUACUGUAUCCGCAGCCUCUGGCACUGUGACGGAGACAACGACUGCGGGGACAACAGUGAUGAGCAGUGCGACAUGCGUAAAUGUUCAGACAAGGAGUUCCGCUGUACAGACGGCAGCUGCAUUGCUGAGCACUGGUACUGCGAUGGAGACACGGAUUGCAAGGACGGGUCUGACGAGGAAAACUGUCCCUCAGAUGUGAUGGCAGCCACCUGCAGCGUUGAGGAGUUCCAGUGCGCAUAUGGUCGCUGCAUCCUGGACAUUUACCACUGCGACGGAGACGACGAUUGCGGAGACUGGUCGGACGAAUCCGAUUGCUCGUCCCACCAGCCGUGCAGGUCUGUUGAGUUCAUGUGCAGCAGCGGCAUGUGCAUCAACGCAGGCUGGAGGUGCGACGGCGAGUUCGACUGCGACGACCAGUCCGAUGAGAUGAAUUGCACCACGUCCAUGUGCACGGCUGACCAGUUUCGCUGCGGAACAGGACGCUGUGUUCGGUUGUCAUGGCGAUGCGACGGGGAGGAUGACUGUUCAGACCGCAGUGACGAAGAGGGUUGUGAAAAAACUGGGACGUCACCUUGUGCUCCAGACCAGUUCCAAUGUGGGAAUGGGCGCUGUAUUGGCCAGAGGAAGGUGUGCAAUGAGGUCAACGACUGUGAAGACGGGACCGAUGAACUGCCACACCAUGAAUGUCGUCCGCGCUCCAGUGACGGCAACUGCAACCAGAAUAACGGCGGCUGCUCCCAGAAGUGUCAGAUGGUCCGAGGACUGGUCCAGUGCACCUGUCACACCGGAUAUCGACUGAUGGAGGACGGCAGAUCCUGCCAGGAUGUGGACGAGUGUGCUGAAGAAGGCUACUGCAGCCAGGGCUGCACCAACAUCGAAGGCGGCUUCCAGUGCUGGUGCGUUCAAGGAUAUGAGCUGCGGCCCGACAAGCGUAGCUGCAAGGCGCUGGGUCCAGAGCCGGUGCUGUUAUUUGCCAAUCGAAUCGAUAUCCGUCAGGUUCUGCCGCACCGCUCCGAGUACACGCUGCUGCUCAACAACCUUGAGAACGCCAUCGCUCUCGACUUCCAUCACAGCCAAGAGCUCGUUUUCUGGUCAGACGUGACGCUGGAUCGAAUCAUGAAGGCCAACCUCAAUGGGUCCAAUGUAGAAGAGGUCGUCUCAACUGGCCUGGAGAGCCCAGGUGGACUCGCCAUUGAUUGGAUCCAUGACAAAUUGUACUGGACAGAUUCCGGGACAUCCCGCAUCGAGGUGGCCAACCUCGAUGGGACUCAUCGCAAGGUGCUGCUGUGGCAAAACAUGGAGAAGCCGCGGGCCAUCGCGCUGCACCCUAUAGAAGGUAAAAUCUACUGGACCGACUGGGGCAACACGCCCCGCAUCGAAUACGCCAAUAUGGAUGGCUCGAAUCGACGGGUCAUUGCCGACACUCACUUGUUCUGGCCAAAUGGCCUAACGAUCGACUAUGCCGGCCACCGCAUGUACUGGGUGGACGCCAAGCACCAUGUCAUUGAAAGAGCAGAUCUGGACGGACGUAAUCGUAAAGCUGUCAUCAACCAAGGCCUGCCUCACCCGUUUGCCAUCACCGUGUUUGAGGACAGCCUCUACUGGACUGACUGGCACACGAAGAGCAUCAACAGUGCCAAUAAAUUUACCGGCAAGAACCAAGAGAUUAUCCGUAACAAACUGCACUUCCCCAUGGAUAUCCACACCUUGCACCCCCAGAGGCAACCUGAAGGAGGCAAGAACCGCUGCGGUGCUAACAAUGGCGGUUGCAGCCACUUGUGUCUCCCUGGCAACAAGACCUAUACCUGCGCUUGUCCAACUGGUUUUAAGAGGGUGGACCACAGCAACUGUGCAAACAGUCUUGACAAGUUCCUGCUUUUUGCCCGAAGGACGGACAUCCGACGAAUCAGCUUCGACACAGAGGAUAUGUCCGAUGAUGUCAUCCCUCUGGCUGAUGUGCGCAAUGCCGUGGCACUGGACUGGGAUGCCAGAGACGGCUACAUCUACUGGACUGAUGUCACCACUGAUUCCAUCAACAGAGCCCUCUGGAAUGGCAGCAAGCAGGAAGUGGUGGUGGACACCAGUCUGGAGAGUCCAGCAGGUUUGGCUAUUGACUGGGUGACCGACAAACUCUACUGGACUGAUGCUGGUACAGAUCGUAUUGAAGUUUCUAAUGCAGACGGGAGCAUGCGGACUGUACUCAUAUGGGAGAACCUUGACCGGCCCAGGGACAUUGUUGUCGACCCCGUUGGAGGUUUCAUGUACUGGACUGACUGGGGCGCCAAUCCAAAGAUUGAGCGUGCUGGGAUGGACUCUUCAAGUCGCAUGGUCAUCAUUUCUUCCAACUUGACGUGGCCCAAUGGGCUUGCCAUUGACUAUGAGACGAAACGCCUGUAUUGGGCCGAUGCUGGCAUGAAAACUAUUGAGUAUGGAAACUUUGAUGGAUCUGACCGACAGGUUCUGAUUGGCAGUCAGCUGCCUCACCCCUUUGGCCUCACUGUCCAUGAAGACAUGCUGUACUGGACUGACUGGCAGUCCAAGAGCAUCCAGAGUGCGAACAAGCUCACCGGCUUGGGACGGCACACGCUUGCAGAAAACCUGGAGAACCUCAUGGAUAUUCACAUGUUCCAGAGACACCGUGAAACAGUCCACAACCCGUGUGCGGUGAAUAACGGAGGCUGUAGUCACCUCUGUCUCCUGGCUCCUGCUCCCAAAGCCUACAGCUGUUCUUGUCCCACCGGCAUCAAUCUUCAGGCCGAUGGAAAGACCUGCACGCCCGGGAUGAACAGCUUCCUGAUCUUUGCACGGAGGACGGACAUUCGAAUGGUGUCUUUGGACAUUCCAUAUUUCGCCGACGUGGUUCUUGCUGUCAACAGUUCCAUGAAAAACACGAUUGCUAUUGGAGUCGACCCGCAAGAUGGGAAGGUGUACUGGUCAGAUAGUACACUUAAAAGGAUCAGCAGAGCCAACAUAAAUGGAACCGCUAAAGAAGACAUCAUUUCUACAGGAUUGAUGACAACGGACGGUCUCGCAGUGGAUGCCGUAGGCCGAAAGAUUUACUGGACUGAUACAGGAACCAAUCGUAUCGAAGUUGCUAAUCUGGAUGGCUCCAUGAGAAAAGUUCUGGUGUGGCAAAACCUGGACAGCCCUCGCGCCAUCGCCCUUUACCAUGAGAUGGGUUACAUGUACUGGUCCGACUGGGGCGAACACGCGAAGCUGGAGCGCUCGGCAAUGGAUGGGUCCGAUCGAGUGGUUCUCAUCAGUAACAACCUCGGAUGGCCCAACGGUCUUGCCAUAGACAUGGCUGGCUCACAGUUGUUGUGGGCUGAUGCUCACACUGAGCGCAUCGAGGCUGCUGAUCUGAAUGGCCAAAACCGCCACACCCUUGUGACACCGGUCCAGCACCCGUAUGGCUUAACCCUCUUAGGCUCUCACAUCUAUUGGACGGACUGGCAGAGUCGUAGCAUCCAGCGGGCCGACAAGAAUUCUGGCGCCAACACGAUCACCGUUCGCGCCAACCUGCCGGGACUGAUGGACAUUCAAGCCGUGGACAGAGAGAGGGCUCUGGGCUUCAACAAGUGUGGCGAGAGGAACGGCGGCUGCACGCACCUGUGCCUUCCUCGCCCCAACGGUACUUCCUGCGCUUGUCCCACCGGCAUCCUGCUCAAGGGAGACGGGAGAUCAUGCGACGACUCGCCGGAAACCUUUCUGGUCUUCUCCAACCGCGUCAGCGUGCGGAGAAUCUCCUUGGACACCAACGAUCACACAGACGUGCACGUCCCCGUGCCUGAAUUGCACAACGUCAUUUCGCUAGACUAUGACAGUGUCGAUGCCAAACUGUACUACACUGAUGUCGCCUUGGAUGUGAUAAGACGAUCAAACCUUGACGGCACUGGCAUGGAGACUGUCAUCAGCCAGGGUCUAAAGACCACAGACGGACUGGCCGUGGACUGGGUGGCCAGAAACAUGUACUGGACCGACACCGGACGAAACACCAUCGAGGUGGCGCGCAUUGACGGCACCGGCCGCAAAGUCCUCGUCAACAACAGUUUGGAUGAACCCAGAGCCAUUGCGGUGUUCCCAAGCAAAGGGUUCCUAUUCUGGACCGAUUGGGGUCAUAUCGCAAAAAUCGAGCGAUCUCACCUGGAUGGCACGGACCGUAAAGUUCUCAUCAAUACUGACCUCGGAUGGCCCAAUGGACUCACCUUAGACUAUGACACACGAAGGAUUUUUUGGGUCGAUGCCCACUUGGACAGGAUUGAGAGUUCUGACCUGAAUGGGAAAUUGCGUCAGAUCCUCGUUAGCCCGGUGUCCCACCCCUUUGCCCUAACACAGUUGAAGCCGGUGUCCUCCCCUCUAACCCCUUUCUCCCGACUCUCGCAGCAAGACCGUUGGAUCUAUUGGACUGAUUGGCAGACAAAGUCCAUCCAGCGGGUGGACAAACACACCGGCCGUAACAAGGAAACCGUGCUGGCCAAUGUUGAGGGUCUCAUGGACAUUAUAGUGGUAUCACCUAACAGGCAGACGGGUACCAACCUCUGCGGUGUGAACAAUGGAGGCUGCACUCACCUAUGCUUUGCCAAGACCAACAGUUUUGUCUGCUCAUGCCCAGACGAGCCGGACGGACGACCGUGCUCCACCGUUGCAGGCUUCAUCCCCACUUCUCCCAGCAGAGAAACUAGCAGCACCCCUGUCCCUAACAAGAUCCCUAAAGCUCCAACAGAAACCCCCCAAAGAGGACCCCCAGUCGUCAACUGCACCGACAAGAACCUCAAUGUCGAAGGGUGCCUACAGAGUAACGUGGUCACCGCUCCCCACGGGGAAGGACUUCAUGUCAGUUACGUGAUUGGAGGCGUUUUGACCAUACUGGCUAUUCUGAUUCUCAUCGUUGCUUUUAUUAUUUACCGACACAAAAAGUCAAAGUUCGCCGACCCGGGCGUUAGCAACCUGACCUAUAGCAACCCUUCAUACCGGACUUCCACGCAAGAGGUCAAGAUUGAGGCCUCGCAGAAGCCUCCAAUAUAUAAUCAACUCCGAUAUAAGAAAGAGGGUGGUGUGGAUGGAGGGUACACGAAGGAGAAGAUCCGUAUUGUGGAGGGCGUUUGCCUUCUGUCCACCGAGGAGCUUUACUGGGAUGAUCUCAAACAAGUCAAGCCGUCACGGGGGGGCCUGCACACCUGCAUGCGUACGGACACCGUUUCACUCCAGGCGAGCAGCGCUUCGUUGGAUGACGGCGAGACGGAGCAACUCCUUCAGGAGGAGGCGUCGGAAUGCUCCUCCAUAAGCACCUUAACGCCUUCAGCCAUCACCCCGCAGCGUCAUGCCCAGCAUUGCCUGCCCGACACUGGCUGGAUGUCCAUGCGCAAGCCCUCCACUGAGAGUGAAGUUUGAGGGGGGGGAGGCGCGGCCUGCGUGCUUUCACGCAACCUCCCUCGCAAAAACAUGCAAAUCCAUCUGUAAUGUGUUUUCAGCUGCUCCAGACGGACGAUUCGAGGUACCGGUGCAGAUUUUAAAUUUAGAGUCCAAAUCAAACAAACAAGUUCUCAACCCGAGCGGUUUCUCUGAAACUGGGGCGCCGUCCUACUUGUACGCGCAUACAAACACAGCCCCCCCCCCAUGGUACUGUGCUCAAAUGCCUACAGGCAAAAUGGUAAACUAAUUAGUAUGCUGGAAUCGGAAACAAAAAAAAAACAAAGGACCAGAGAUGCAAACACACAAGGAUGCAGACUCUCAUUGCGACAAAUAUCUCUCUGUGUACAACAUCACCAUUUUUAGCAGAUUUUUUUUUUUCCCUCCUUGGAUUCAAUGGAACCAACAUCCUCCCCGGACUCUUGGUGCCCUAAAACCACUCAUCUCUUUAUGAACUCUAUUUAUUAAUGAUUUUUGUACUUCUGAGUGGGCUUUCAGACUUUCACAGAACAGUGGGUGUUGUGUUGAGCUUUGUGCAGCAGGUUUUCAAGUUGUUGUAUUUAUGACAGUGCCAAAGGAGGCCCCGGGGGCCUUGACCACGUCUCCAUGCCUCCUUCUUGCAUCUACAAAUCAGUAGUGCGGUUAACAUUUUCUUGAGCAAGCUUAGCAGUUUCAAGCAAGGACUGAGCUGGGAACUUUUCAGAUGAUUGCACGAGUAUCAUUUCUGCAAAUGCUGCCCUAAAAAGGUCAUCUUAAGUCAUUUAACCAUUGCUCAUCCUUGGACUAAGGAAGUUGCAGCGAUGUAACAGCCCAAGCGCCAGAUAUUUUGUGAUCCAUCCACCUGUAUAAGAAGCCGUAAAAAUGUUCUUGUGCGUGAUAUUUAACUCAUUGGAUGAAAUAAUUGAUUCCACCAUAGCAGACGAAAUAUGGUCACAUGCGUCCACAGGUCGUUGUGCUUUUAAAUAAAUAUAUACCAUAUGUGUGUCAGGUUAAGGGAAAUGUACACAUCCAGAUUCAUAAACCAUGAAGGCAGACUGUAGAUGACACAAAGAAGAAAUAUUAUCCGGCAGUUCAUUCUUUGUGUGUGGUCCUUAACUUGGUCAUAGCUAGCAAGUCUGCCAUAGAUGUGGACAACAUGUAAUUUUAUCAGAGCAACUACUGGUCCUUGGUCCCUAUAAUUUUUAAAGUAUAUAUACAGCACUUAUGAUUGUAAUGUAUUGCUUCUUGGUUUUAACGAUGUUACAAAAUAUCUCAAAUCUGCCAAUUACUGUUUUUAAGCAUAAAAGUGCUUUCGAUGUAAUGACGUCUUUUAGUGCGUUGCUAUAGAAAACUCAAAUUGUUACUUUAAAAAAAAAUUCUAAGGCUGCUACAAUAUAUACAGUAUAUAUAUAUAUAUACACACAGUAUAUUCCAAGUUCUUUUGGGCAUGAAAAAAAAAACGGAAAACUAUCACACUUUAACUGAACACGUUUUGGAAACACUAUGUUGAAUAGAUUAAUAUGAGCAUAUCUUACAACCGGUGCAAUUUCCUCUGAAGUUUUCUUUUGAGACGAAAACAUAGUGUAUAAAUCACAAAAUCUCUGCUUUGCCAAACAUUAUUAUCUGGAGUGUCAUUUUCUUUUUUUUGGGUCAACUCCAAAUCUGUGAUGCAAAAGUGCACUUGCAAUAUCUGCAACAGUAGUGUAGCGUCAUGAAACACUGUGCAAGAUGUACCGCAUCAGGCAGUGGGGAGGGGGUGGGGGGUUUAGUAGUUUAGCAACAUAUCACUUUAAAACAUUUAACCUACAGCUAUCGUGCAUCGCUUUACCUUUUGGAAUGUUUUCCCCCCCUCCUUUGUGCUGUUGACACAACUAUACUGCUACUCAAACAACCAUGUUUAUAGAACAAUGUCUUUUGAAGAAUCUGCUAAGAGCUCAGCAACUUGCUGUUUUGCUGCUAGACAAAGCACUGAAGCCAAUGGAAGAGGGUCUUGGCAGCUACAGAAUGAGUCUCUGACACUUGGUUGACAGUCGGCCUGCAGAGUAUCAUAGUGACCCGACCCAUCAUCGUCGUCCCAGCUCACAGUCCCUCCAACUCCGCUGCAAGAAUGCUAAACCUGUACAAAUUGUAUUUUUUCGGAUAUAUGACAUUUCAUUUGAGGAUACUGUUUUGAUUGAGCUGUAUAGUCUUUUGUACAAAGGGAUUUUGUGACUGUAAUUAGACUUGCAUUACUUAAACUCACUGGAGAAAAGAACGUUUUGUUUAACUUUUGCUGGAUUAUUUUAACCACUGUUUCUAUACCUUGUAAAUGAUAGGGAUUUUGCCAUUUAUUUAAUAGCCCCCCUUUAUGUUAUGAAAUACUGGUCUCAUAUAGUUGUUGUAAAGUUAACAAUAAGAGGUAUUUAUGAUUUGUUUGGUUGUCAUUUGAUGUGUAAAUAUGAACAGACUGUAUAUGUAUUUCCAUGGCAGUACUAACAAGUUGUGUUGUGUGAUAUAGUGAGUUAUCCCUUUGCUAUCUUUUAAUAUAAAAGUGCAUUUCAAUGA